AAAAAAAUUAUUGUUAUUGUUGUAAGUGUUGUAUUUUAUUGUUAUUGCUUCUCAGUUAAUUUGUAUAUGAUAACUCUAAUAGAAAGUGGUGCCAUCUAGCUGUAGUGAGAGGCAAUAAUGUUUGUUCUUUCCACCCUGUAAAGAAGACGAAGGGAGAUUCAGCGUGAGAAACAUUUUCUGACAAUUAUUUCAAUAUGAUUCAAAGCAGUGCGGAGCUUCUAAUCAUAUUGAAACUACUGUAAGAAUGUUAGACAAAUAAUAAAAUAUGUGUUGAAUUGUAAUGACUUUUGCAAACUUUGAGGCAUUGACUUCUGAACUUGAGUGAAUGUGAUUAUGGAUUUGCCAGUUUUAAAUCUUCCAGAUGAGAUAACUUUUAUUCUCCAGUCUGGUUUGGCCAAAGAUACUGUCACAGUUAAUAUUGCUGAUUUGAAUUUAAAAACUUUAAAAGAUCUUGCUUGUGAUUUUAUUAAUAAAAAAUUUCCAGAUCAUGGGCUGAACAGAUUAAAUGAACGUUUAAUUCUCUUCCGGCAUGAAUACAAAUCUGGAAAUUUGUUAUUGCCAAUAAAUGUUGCUUCCGAAGUUUCUGAUGGAACAUUAGUCGAAAUUAUUCUCUCUGCAAAUGCUCCUUGUGGAGAUAUACAAAUAAGGCCUCACUCUUUAAUGGUUCAUUCCUAUAAAACACCUACUUUCUGUGAUUUCUGUGGAGAAAUGUUGUUUGGAUUAGUUAGACAAGGUUUAAAAUGUGAAGGUUGCGGUUUAAAUUUUCAUAAACGAUGUGCAUAUAAAAUUCCUAAUAACUGUACUCAUGCACGGCGUAGAAGAUCCUCAACGCAUCUAAGUCCACGCACUCCUACUAAUAAUGUUUGCCAUACAACAAGCAGUGCAGCUAUAUUUGUGGAUGAUAGUUCUUUAAAUGCUGUUUCUCCUACGCGUCGUUCGCCUUCAUUUAACAUGGGUCGUCCAGCUUGGGUGGACAGAGAAUUAGCUGGUCGUAUUAAAGUGCCGCACACUUUCAUGGUUCACUCGUAUGGAAGACCGACAAUAUGCCAGCACUGUAAGAAACUUUUAAAAGGUGUAAUUCGCCAAGGGAUGCAAUGUAAAGGUAAGAAUUGCAAAUCCAGUUAUAUUAGAUGAACAAAUGAAAAGUUUGAGAAGUAUACUCCUUGCAAGCAAUGAGCUUCUUUGUACUUUUUAUUGUUCUGCUACAUGCCACAAGAAACACAAAAUCUUCAACAUUUGAUGGUUACGGACUUGAAGAAAAACAUAUUUGAAACUUCUCACCAGAAUUGAAAAAUAUAUUCCUUGAGAGUAAACUUUUUA